UAGAUAUAUUCAUGGAUCCAUCAAAGAAGCUUCUUAGGUCUGGAAGCUCUUCUAAUAAGAUCAGACAAAUAGUUAGGCUUCAGCAGCUCCUCAAGAAAUGGAAGAAGAUAGCAGCUGCAUCCCCCUCCUCUACCCACCUUCAACUCAAUAGCAGUACUCAUGUUCCUUUGGUUGCAAAUAACACGAUGAGUACUAGUACCAACAGUAGCACCAAAAGCAUCAAUAAGUUCCUCAAGAAAACCCUUUCAUUUUCGGAGAAGGACAAAGAUAGAUCGGAUGAUGCAGUCCCCAAAGGGUGCCUUGCUGUGUGCGUUGGCAAGGAGGACAAAGAAGAGCUGAUGAAGAGAUUCGUGAUCCCAAUGGACUACUUAACCCACCAAUCAUUCCAAGUCCUCUUGAGAGAAGCCGAAGAAGAGUUUGGUUUCCAACAACAGGGAGUCCUCAAGAUUCCUUGUGAAGUCUCUCUCUUUGAGGACAUUCUGAAAAUCAUACACCCGCCUUCUUCUAACAAGAGACAACAACAACAACCAGCAGUUCCUCAUCAUGAUGAUGCCUUUAUCCGUUCUGAUCUAUCCACCAGUACUAUUAAUGAUGAUAAUAAUAUCAUUCACAAUGUCGGCUGCUGCUCUCCAGAAAAUCACCAACACAUCAUGUCUCCUCAAUUGUGCAGUUGACCACCUAGCAGUUAAUUAACCAUACAUCUGUAGUUACGUUAAUGAUCAUCAAUAUUGUACUGCUUUUUCUUAAUCAUUUUUCCCUUAAAUUUGCCGGCCUAUACACGGCAAUUCAUCUAUUUUUCUACAAAAGAGAAAGCGAAAGAGUGUUUACUUCUCA